AUGGCAGGAGGGAAUAUCACUUACAAGGUCAUUAUCGAGGACCAAGUAUUCAAGUUGACCAAGGCUCAGAUUCACACCGAUUCACCAAACUACUUUACGUUCCAUCUUAUCGACAAGUCCGAAGAGGAAGUUGAACUCACUCGUGAUCCACACUUGUUUCGAAUCAUCGUCGACUAUCUCAAUGGCUACUGUGUCAUACCUCUUCGUCUAGAUAGGCUACCCCCAACUAUGACACCUGACAUCGCUCUGGCGAACCUGCGUGCGGAUGCCGAGUUCUACCAGCUCCAUGGCUUGCUUGAUAUGUUGGACUCUCCGCCCGCGCCUAUGAGCCUUGAGUAUCGAAAGCAACGAUUAUUCCAUCAUUACCUGAUGAUUGUUCACUUAGGGAAGGGAAAGCUCGAAGCGGUUCCACUUGAUCACUUUCAUGCCAUGUUAGUCGAGAAGCGCCAGUUUGACGAUUGGUUUCGAUACGAGAACAAGUAUACCGACCGCGCCAACAAAUACCAGCUAGCAAUCGCUGCGCAAGUGCGAGGCGUCACAAAUAGGAUAUUGAAGAACGUCAGCGCUCAAAUACAGGAGUGGGACCUUUUGGGGUGGUCCAAAGAGUACAAAGGAGACAACAAUUACCUCCGAACGAUCGUGGUUCAGGUUUGGAGCCAAUCCGAGCUGUCCAUGCGACUUUAG